AUGGCUACCAGGUGGGGAAUCUGCAGCUCGGGGAGGAUCAGUCAUGACUUCACUGUGGCUCUGAAGACCCUUCCUCCUGAAGACCACCAGGUUGUGGCUGUGGCAGCUCGUGAAUUAGAGGAUGCACAGGAGUUUGCCACAAAGCACAGCAUCUCCCGAGUUUACGGCAGCUAUGAGGAGCUGGCCAGAGAUCCAGACAUAGAUGUUGUGUACAUUGGAGUUAUCCACCCCUACCAUCUGAGCACUUGCCUGCUCUUCACAAAUGCCAAGAAGAACGUGCUGUGUAAGAAGCCGCUGGCCAUGAACACCAAGAGGGUGAAGGAGUUCCUGUCCUCUGCCAAGAGGAAUGAUGUCUUUCUCAUGGAGAUGCACUGUCCAUUCUGUGGGUCCAGCGUGACAGCUCCCCAUGGCUUUUGUGGUGGCUGUGGCGGAGACAUCACGUUUCUAAAGGAUAUGCCUAACAAAGUCCCUGAGGAGAUGCCCACCACUAGUGCACAUCUAAGUGCACAGCCUAGCACCAGUGCAGGGUCCUUAUAUGGGGAAAUACAAAAGAAAAUAGUGAAGAUUUCUGUUGGAGUAAUGAGGAUGAUGGAUGGCUGCCUUAGACCUGUGAGAGGGACGUUACUCCCCCUUGAUGUUGAACCGCAAUGGUCAUGUCAAGAACUGUUGACUGCUGCCAUAAAAAAGCAGAAAGCUUUUAACCAGGUCGUGGAAGAUGGUGCCCAUGUUUUGUUGUACCCUGAUGUGAGGGAGGUUACAAAUAUCCCCGGAACGGACAUCCCUUUCACAGUGGAGAUGUACAAAAAGACCAGUGGAAAGCCCUACCAACGAAUUAAGUUGUACACCUGUACUGUUGAAGACUUUGAAAACAGUUGUUACACUGGAACAACUUCAAGUGAAGACGACGGUGUGGUCCGUGUACAUUUGCCGUUCCAAAUGUUCCGAUAGAGAGCACUCCAAGAAUGGACAACAGUUUGCCAGGACCUCAGGCACCCUAAAUCAGCAUCUGAUAUCAAUCUUGAUAUUUAAAAAAGCAAAAAACGAACAGGACUCCUCCUCAGUGACAUCCUGAUGUUCUCAACAGGAUUAAACACCCUGCCACCGUCUGGAAUUCAGCCGAGACCCCAAUAGAUUUUUCAGCGGACAUCUCGCUUUCCAAUCGGCAGAACCUGCUCAAACACAUGUCAAGCACCUACGAACAGUUUGAAAGCAACAUGGACUUUGGAAUCAGAAAUCCGCCUGGUUUUGGACUUUAUUAAGUGUGCUAGUGACUUAUCCGACCGGCCCACCUCGGUGCCGCAAGUAAAUACCGCUAGUGAAUUGUCAACGGGGUGGGGGGGUGCUAGUGACUUAUCCGACCGGCCCACAUCGUCCGAUCGGCCCACUUCAGUACCGGCCCCUGCUCCCAGGUCAAGGGUUGCAUUAGAUCACUCGUUUUUUGAAGGUUCUAAAAUUGUUCCUGGAAGUGGUCGUCUCCACAUGGACUGUUGGUCGAGUUCAGUACAAACUGGUCCAAGUCGUCUUAUGGGACUGGGAACCCACAGUCAGUUCCACCGUACCUGGAUGUGAAAUAUGCACACAAACAGUUUAUUAUUCACAUGUACAAAAUUGUUCUUAAAAUCUUGUUUUGUUGUUGAACUUGUUUGAAAAUUAAAAAAGUUACUGUCACAUAA